AUGUACAUAAUGAAGAUCGAUGUCCACCACCACUUCUAUCCCCCGCCAUGCGGGAGGGUAACCCUCGAGGCAGCAGGCGGAGACCCCUCUGGCUGGUAUAUUCCUCACUGGGCUCUCGAACUCGACCAGGAAAUCAACCAAAUCAUGAACGUAUCUACCGCCAUCCUGUCCGUCACUGCCCCUGGCCCAGUCAUCGCCAAAGACUCUGCCGCUGCCGCGCAAUUGGCCCGAGAAUGCAACCUCUCCGCCGCCGGCAUCCGCGAUGCGUCUCCCGCGCAAUACGGCUUCUUCGCCUCCGUCCCCUCGCUAUUCGACACUGACCUCGUGCUCGAAGAGAUCCGGUACGCGCUGGACUUUCUCCACGCUGACGGCGUCACGCUUUUCACUCGCUACGGCCAAGGCCCCAACUAUCUCGGCCACGAGGUAUUCGAACCCGUCUGGGCCGAACUCAGCCGUCGCCAGGCGGUGGUCUUCAUCCACCCUACCCAUCCCCAGGAUACAGCUCUAAUCAACCACGGCCUGCCUCAACCGAUGUUCGACUAUCCCCAUGAGACCGGCCGCACCGCCUUAGACCUCAUCACUUCGGGUCGACUACGCCAGAAUCCCGGCUGUAAAGUGAUUCUCUCCCACGCUGGAGGUACCUUGCCGUACCUCAUCCAUCGCGCGGCCACCAUGCUCCCCUGUAUGCCGGCGGACCGGAACCUCGGAAUCAGUCGCGAGGAGAUUCUCGAGCGGGCACGCGACUUCUACUUCGAUACGGCCAUUUCUGCGAAUGCAGUCACCCUCAAGGCCUUGGUGGAGUUUGCCCAACCGGGCCAUCUUCUCUUUGGGAGCGAUUUUCCGAAUGCGCCCACCGAGGCCAUUAUCCGCUUUACCCGCUAUGUGGAGGAGGAGAUGCCGGAUGGAGUUGCGGUAGAGGACCUGAGAGGGAGUGCCUUGAAUCUGUUCUCCCGGUUGAGGCAGAAGACAGAAGAGGAGGGGAGUAGUAGCAUAUGGGAAACGCAUCUGUAG